GCUUAUUGAAGUAACAACAAGACGUUUAUUCGGAUUUUUAAUCAAUGUUAUUGCAACAUUUGCCCCGAAAUUACGUUAAACGGCAAAAUUAAAGCAUCGCCGAUUUCCGAUCGGAAAAUCGUCGAUCUUCGAACAGCUGCAACUCCGUUAAAAGCGAUCACAAAAUUAUGACUCUUGUUUCAAAUUAAAGCUCGAAGUCUCUGCUUUACGAUGACGUAGCCUAAUUUUUAAUAUCACGCACUGCCGCGAUAGUAUCCUAAUUCUAAGCACAUGUUCGCGAUACCGUGAAUGCGCGACGAUUAACUCCCUCCGUGGACCUGGACAAAUUUUUUUCGAGCAUUCCGUUCACAGCGUCGGAAAGCUCGGACUUUCCUCUUUAAUUCGAGGGCAGAAUUAGGUCGCUACGAUUUUUUCUCGCAAAGUUACAGCGCUUUGAACGACAAGUGUGCCGGUGUCGUUAGAAACAACCCAAGGUACACCGCUAGGAGAUUGCUCGGUCAGACUUCUGUCUCGCGUGUAUGCGUUCCGUACAUUUAUCGUGUACUUUUAGCGUGCUUUCAGCGUACUUUUAGUAUAUUUUCAGUGUAUAUUUAUCGUAUACUUAGCGUAAGUUCAGCAUAAAGCGAGCAUAUCACCGCGCUCUUCGUUUAUUCUCAAGCACAAUUAGCUUCACAUUUCUCGUACGAAACGUAUAAAAUUCUAUCGUUUAAAUCCAACCAACGUCGCUCAUCUGUUCAAAUUAAGCAUGCAAAAGACGUCUAAGUUCUCGGAAAUUGUCUAGGCGCUGAUAAAUAAUAGCCGCGCUCGAGAACUCCUUCUUUUCCACGUAGCGCGGCUCGGCUGCACAGCUGUUUGUCCCUAGCGUUCAUAUCUUAACUGGAUUCGAUAUAUUAUCGAUACCUUAUCGAUAAGGAUAGGAUCGUUUCUAAUAACGUCGAGCGAUCAGAUAUCCGAUAGAAAGAAGCGAAGACGCUCGCGGGCGAGCCGGGAUCGAAAAAUCGGAAUAUUCCGAGCAAACGGACGAACAGACACGCGUGCGAUUUAUUCAACGCGUAACCGCGAUCCGCGGAAGAUUAAACGCGGCGCGCGUUCCGAUAAGUUCGUAGACACGAGAAAAAGGUCUCCCAGUGCAGUAUUUGGAACAGUUUUUCGGUUCGUCGAGAGCGAGAUGCCUAAAGCGCGAGCGAAGAGAAGCGCGAUCUGGCUGCACUUCUCGGAGUUCGUCGAGCACGGCUGCGGCACGAUGGUGAAGUGCAACGCCUGCAACCUGGUGCUACCGUACUGCAGGAACACGACGAACCUGUGGUCGCACAUUCGCAUCCAUCACAAGAAGAUCCUGGGUAACAUCGCGGCGUCGGCGGCGUCGAAUUCGGCCGAGGCGGAACGGCCGAGCGUUUCGGGCCGAAGCAGCGCGGCCGCAUCGAGCACCGCCGCGACGCAGAACAAGGUGCAACCGUACUCCACGGACUCCCAGCGAGCCCAAGAAAUAACGAACUCGCUGCUGCUGAUGAUAGCCGGCGACGUGCACGCGUUCUCGAUCGUGAACGGCCGUGGAUUCGUCGGCUUCGUGAAGACCUUGGACGAGAGGUACACGCUGCCGAGCCGCAACGCCCUGACGUCCAAAUAUCUUCCGGUGUUGUACGCGACCACGUGCAAGACCAUCUCCGAGAAACUGUCCAGAGUGGACAGCAUCCAUCUCGCGAUCGACUCGUGGACAGAGGCGAACCAGAAAAUGUCGUUUCUGGCGAUCACCGCGCACUAUUUCGCCGAGGAGGCGCUCCAAGAGAACACGUUGCAGGUGUCGUACGUGCCGGAUCGGCACGCCGCCGAGAACCUGCACGAGAUCGUCGAGCGGACCGCGGAGAUGUGGAGGAUCACCGGGAAGAUCAGAACGAUCGUCCUGAACCGCGUGGACAGCGUCACGUCGGCGAGCAGCGCGGCUUCGACGUCGUCGCGGCGGCAGAUCUUCUGCUUCGCGAGCGCGUUGAACAUGGCGGUGCACGAGGCGAUCCAGGGAACCAGGGGCGUGCUCGACGUGUUCGAGAAGUGCCGGGACAUCGUCGACCUCUGCAGAUCGAGCCACGUCGUGGCCGAAGCGUUGAAGAACGAGCGAGCCCGUCAGAACUUGUCGAAGCCUGCGUGCUUGAAACGCGACGUCGCCGGCAACUGGAGGUCCACGUACUCGAUGCUGUGCGGUAUCCUGGAUCAGCGAUCUAUCUUGUCGGCGAUGCGCGCGGACCAGUCACAGGUGCCCUGCCUCUCGCCGACCGAAUGGACCGUGAUCGCCGGAACGGUUCAGGUCCUGAAGCCGUUGUUCGAGGCCACCGAAGAGGUGUCCGGCGACAGCAACGUCGCCAUAUCGAAGAUAAUACCGAUCGUGCACUGCGUGAGGGCCACCCUCGGCAACCAGGAGGCACUGCCGCUCGUCGUGACCUCGUUGAGGGUCCGUUUGUUGAACGAGCUCGACCUACGGUUCGAGAACAUCGAGACUCAUCCCGUCUACUCGGUCGCGACCUUCCUGGACCCGAGGUACAAGAACAUCGCGUUCCGCUCGGACGAGUCCGUCGCGCUCGUCCAGAAUCAGCUGAUCAGCCGGUGCCGAUUCUGGGAGAACGGCAACGGCUACUGCGGCCCGCGGGCCACCGCUACGAAGCCGGAGGGCGACGAUAACGCCGCUCGGCUGCCGAACGACACUCUAUGGGCCGAGUUCGAUAAGAAAGUUCAGGAGGCCGCCGCCGAGACCGAGUGCCUCUCGAACUCGCUGAAAGACGAAUUGGAAAGGUACCUACGCCUGAAGCUGAUCAACAGGAAAUCGAACCCGAUUUCCUGGUGGAACACGGAGGGCAGGACGAUGUUCCCGAAACUGAUGAAGAUCGCGUUGGAAUAUCUGUGCGUGCCGGCGAUUUGCGUCUCGAACGAGUCAUUGUUCUCGAAAGUCGGGCAAAUCUUUUCGCACCGGCGUACACGUAUACAGCCGAAAUACGUGAACAUGCUGUCCAUGUUGCACUUGAACCAAGGCAAGUGAAACGUCGUCGAUCGUUUUUUGUUUUUUCUUUUUCUUUUUUUUUUACCGCGCCGCGACAGAGAUAUUCGAUCGUAAUCGUCGUGUCUGCCUAAAAGAAAUUCUCGUUAUCGCGGCAACCGCGUUCUUAUCGAGACGUGCUUGAAAUCUGUCCGAUAAUUUACAAAUCCGCUUCGGGGUCAUCGGGGAUUACAUAACUAUCAUGUAUUAUUUCCACGCAACGAUCCAACGAAUUACGUGAAGCUUGACCGAAAGUUAUGCUCGUCGAACGAAUGUUAAAUAUUUAAAGAGAAAACGUUUGUUCGAUAGUUCAAAGUCUGGUAACAUUGUAUUCGUAAAAUUGUGUAUCAUCGAUUACAUAAUUCAAUUGAAGUGCA